CGGGGCCGCCGCCUCGUGUCGCCUCUGGGCGCAGCGCUCGGGGGUCGGCGGGCCAGAGCCGAGGCGCGGCCGGAGGGCCGGGGGCUGCGGGGCCGAGCGAGCGGCUGUGCGAGGGGGAGGGCGCACGGCAAGCACUGGGGCGACUGGGCAGCCCCCCGCGCCCCGCGGGGUCCCGGAGCCCCAGCACGCGGGCUGGAAGCGACUGAGGACCGUCGCCGCGGGCUGCGGGCGAGCACCGUCCCUCUAGGCAGGGGAUCCGGCUAUGACAGCUGGGCUCCCCAAAGGGUUAACCUGGGUGUCCUCGGCAAAGUUGUCGCCGAGCCGGGAGCCCGCGUAGGGGCCGCGGCGCCGAGGCUCUGGGGGCGGCCGGGCGGCCGGCGGCGGUCGUGGCUCGGCGGGGGCCGCGCGGCCGGGGGGCUGCUGGGGGUGUGCGCCCCCAGCCGGCUGCCCUCGUGGAUGCCUCCCGGCGGCGGCGGGCCCAUGAAAGACUGCGAGUACAGUCAGAUCAGCACCCACAGCUCCUCCCCCAUGGAGUCGCCCCACAAGAAGAAGAAAAUCGCGGCCCGGAGGAAAUGGGAGGUUUUCCCGGGAAGAAACAAGUUCUUCUGCAACGGGAGGAUCAUGAUGGCCCGGCAGACGGGCGUCUUCUACCUGACUCUCAUCCUCAUCCUGGUCACUAGCGGACUCUUCUUCGCCUUCGACUGUCCGUAUCUAGCAGUGAAAAUCACCCCUGCUAUCCCCGUGGUCGGUGGCAUUCUGUUCUUCUUUGUGAUGGGGACCCUGCUGCGCACCAGCUUCAGCGACCCUGGCGUCCUUCCGCGAGCCACACCUGACGAAGCCGCCGACCUGGAAAGGCAAAUAGGUAACCCUGAAGAUAUCGCAAACGGCACCAGUUCAGGGGGGUACCGCCCACCUCCCAGAACCAAGGAAGUCAUCAUCAAUGGCCAGACUGUGAAACUUAAAUAUUGUUUCACCUGCAAGAUUUUCCGGCCCCCUCGUGCCUCUCAUUGUAGCCUUUGCGAUAACUGCGUAGAACGAUUUGAUCACCACUGUCCCUGGGUAGGCAACUGUGUGGGGAAAAGAAACUACAGAUUUUUUUAUAUGUUUAUUUUAUCUCUGUCUUUUCUGACAGUCUUUAUAUUUGCAUUCGUUAUCACCCACGUCAUUCUUCGUUCACAGCAAGCAGGAUUCCUAAAUGCUCUUAAGGACAGUCCUGCAAGCGUGCUGGAGGCCGUGGUCUGCUUCUUCUCCGUCUGGUCCAUCGUGGGGCUCUCGGGUUUCCACACGUACCUGAUCAGCUCCAACCAGACCACAAAUGAAGACAUUAAAGGAUCUUGGUCAAAUAAAAGAGGUAAAGAGAAUUACAACCCCUACAGCUACGGAAAUAUCUUUACAAAUUGCUGUGUUGCCCUGUGUGGGCCCAUUUCUCCAAGCCUCAUUGACAGAAGAGGGUACAUCCAGCCUGACACCCCACGGCCAGCCGCACCCUCCAACGGGAUGGCCGCGUACGGGGCCACACAGUCACAGAGCGAUACGUGCGACCAAGACCAGUGCAUUCAGAGCACCAAAUUCGUUUUGCAGGCCGCGGCCACGCCCCUGCUGCAGAGCGAGCCCAGCCUAGCCAGCGAUGAGCUGCACCUGCCCGGGAAGCCGGGCCUGGGCACGCCCUGCGCCAGCCUGACGCUGGGGCAGCCCACGCCGCCCUCCUCCAUGCCCAACCUCGCCGCCGAGGCCGCGCUCACAGACAUACUGCCCCUGAAAGAGGAGCACGUGGGCCACCAGUUCCUGACCCCGGAGGAAGCGCCCUCGCCGCCCGGGAUGUUGGCGGGCAGCCCGCUGGCGCACAGCCGCACCAUGCACGUCCUGGGCCUCGCCAGCCAGGACUCUCUGCACGAGGAUUCGGUGCGCGGCCUGGUGAAGCUCAGCUCCGUGUGACCGCGGGACCCCGGCCCGGGGGCUGCAGACAGCAGGAGCGACGGACGGACGGCCCCACCGCGACUUCCGGCGACCCAGUGCCGGGGUGGCCACGACGACUGCAGGUCCUGAGGCAGGAAGAGCCCUGGGAGAAAAAUCGGAUCCCCCUCUGAUGGCAGAGGCAGGCAGGACCCAAAGGCUGGCAGCUUGGUUCCAUUUGAAUUUUCUGCCCCACCCUGACCAUUCUGAUAACGGUGGAAACAGAGACGUAGCUGUUUUCAGGUGUUUGGAAUAUGGAGGGUGGACGUGGGGAGGGAGGAGCCUCCCGGGGCCCCCAGUCGGAGUCUGGGCGGAGAGGAGGCUGCCUGGGCGUUCCUCUUGCUGUUCUGGGACAGAUACACGGAAGGUUUAUGACACUUGUGGCCGGACUGAAAUUGCACUUAAGUGUUAUGCUACUAAUAUUUGAAACAGACAUGCCAUUCCAUUUGUUAAUUUAAGAAAAACCUAAAGGGAAACAAUGACCAGAUGUGGACUUGCAUGCCACGCUGCAGUCUGUUCACGGUGAUGAUGGUAUUGAAAGGCAACUGCUGCUUUCUUUCUUCUUCUUUUUUUUUUUCUUUAAUUUUGUGAAUUCUCAAGUGCUGUUUUAUGGGAAGACAGUGCAACAAACCAAGACUAAUGGACCACGCCAUCCGUCGCCAGCUUCUUCAGCUUAAUUCUACAUGGGUAGGUGGCGCGCCUGGGCUGCGGAGGGCUGCCGGGGUUUUAUCCCAUCAAGCAUCAGUUAACCUUCUGUUUAGUAGUUAGCCGAGGUGUUGUGUUGUACCACACCUGCCACAGUCUUCACCUCCUUGUGUGACCAAACUCCUGUGGACAGCCAAUAAAAGGACGUCCUCUGUUA